AUGGACCAAAAUCUAUAUUUCAUUCUUCUUCUCAUUGCUCUCUGCUCCGUAUCUGAAUGUGUUCAGCGUCAGUAUCACUUUAUAAAUGAGAGGAAGAACUGGACUGAAGCUCAGAGAUACUGCAGAGAGAAUUACACAGAUCUGGCCACCAUUGACAACAUGAACGACAUGAACGAGCUGAAGAAGAGUGUGAAUGAUGAAGGUGUUCAGUUUUUCUGGAUUGGGCUGCAGAAGACGGGUCGUGAUGAAUGGGAGUGGCCUUCAGGUGAACCUGCACUCUAGCUGAACUGGGCUACUGGACAACCAGAAGGCAGAGAUUAUUGUGGUAUGAUGACAAAUGUAGAAUGGAAUGAUAUGCCAUGUAGUGAUGCCCAAUAUUUUAUCUGCAACAACACUCUCUGCUCCGUAUCUGAAUGUGUUCAGCGUCAGUAUCACUUUAUAAAUGAGAGGAAGAACUGGACUGAAGCUCAGAGAUACUGCAGAGAGAAAUACACAGAUCUGGCCACCGUUGACAACAUGAACAACAUGAAUGAGCUGAAGAAGAGUGUGAAUGAUGAAGGUGCUCAGUUUGUCUGGAUUGGGCUGCAGAAGACGGGUCGUGAUGAAUGGCAGUGGCCUUCAGGUGAACCUGCACUCUAG